AUGCCAGUGUCAUCUGUGAACCAUUACCGAGAAGAAUCUCUUCCUUGCCCUGAUCCUACAUUUGUUCCUGACUCUACCAACUCUCUUCCUUUUACAAGUCGCUUUCGCGCAUCUCUUUCCAACACCACCACCACCACUAGCACCACCACCCCUCUGUCGGCUUCGACCGAUUCGCCUGUAAACCCUUCAACCUCCUUCACCGGCUCAGUCGUCGGUUCGAUCUCGCGCCGAAAUCGUCGCUCGUUUGCUGCUUUGGCCCAAAAGACCUCCAGCGCCCUAGCCAGCUUAUCGACGAUAUCGACCCUCUCGCAGCCUGCCGCAUACAACACUGCUGCCACCUUGCGUUCUUCAAAUUCCUCCAACAGUCUGUCGAAACUCGCUAAGCUGAGCACAACGCCCUUGACCCCACCAUUUGAAAGGGACUUGGACGAGCAAUUGCCCACCUCGCGCUCGACUUCGCCCGAUCCAACUCUGCACCGACGGCGCUUGACGCUCCAGCGCGUCCCGACUCCCCCGCACGACUUUCGUCCAGUUCCUUCGGGCGCUGCACCCGCCGCCAUUCCCAAGAUGCACCAGACAUCGUCAAGGCUGUUGCGCAUGACUGAAGAUGAGCGCCCAUUCACCAAGGAUUUCAUGGACUUGUUCUCCACGUUGAUGGUCAGCUUAAAGUUGGACUCUCAUCGGGUCCGCUUCACCAGAUAUGACCACACCUUCACCUCGGAAGAGGCGAUCAACAACUUGGGAUCCCUGAAAUUCUCCCAGUCCAACCGCAUGCCCGAUCCGAAGGACCCGUCGCGCAUUGUGACCACCACGACUACGACCACUUUCUCCAUGGCCAAAGAGAUGGCCCGCUCCGUCUGCCAGCGAUUUGUGGAUGCUCGGUUCAUCGAGGCGGUCGACGGCAAGGCCAUGCCCAUCUUCCCAUUGAAGGGCGCGCUCUUUCAGCUCACUCCCAAGGGUAUCAAUAUCCUGCAACGGUUUUGUCAACGCAACGGAAUCACUGCUCGCCAUGUGAUGGAUGUGCUGGAGUCGCCGCGCAACACUAUGCAAUUGGUCAAUCUGGAGCGUGACACCGAAACCGACAAACUGUCCCACGAUCGCGCCACAAUUGAAGUGAUAUUCCGCCGAUUCGCCGGACAGGAUGGCCCAAACAUUAAGAGCAGCAUCUCCACGUCAGACUCCGAUUCUCUCAGCGACUACUCAAACGGUAUCAUUGGCGUGAAGAUGGCCCGGGAGCGUAAGCUGCAGGAUGGCAAGAUCUACGCCAACACAUUCACCGGGAAAGGAGCGGUCGACUGGUUAAUGGAUUGUUCGACCACCAUCGAGCGCCGCGAGACCUGUCUGAUCGCGGAGCUGUUCCUCAAGUAUGGCCUGAUUACGAUGAUCCAGGAUGACAAGUCCUUCCCCGACUCCAAUGCGCUAUUCCAGCCGUCCAAGUACGCAAUCUACUGCAUCACCGAGCGCGGACAACGCGUGUGUGGCUGGCUCGCUCGUGACAAACCCCGUGACAUGGCUGCUGCUUACGACAGCCGCGGCAUGCCCAAAGACUCAAAUAACGCUCGUCUGACCCACAUUCUGCAAGACCCCGCCCUUCGCUUGCUUUUCCGCGAGUUUUUGCGCUACUCUCUCUGCGAAGAAAACCUGUCCUUCUACCUCGACGUUUCGGAAUUCACUUCCAACUACCACAAGGCCGAGAAAGUGGGCACUUUCAACAAGGCCGACGCCGUUCGGGAAACCCUUGCUGCCGCGUAUGGCUUGUACAAUGCCUUCCUGGCCCCGGGCUCACCAUGUGAGCUCAACAUCGACCAUGCUCUCCGCAACAGUCUGGCCAGUCGCAUGACCAAGGCGGUUGGAGAUGACGAGUCUAUGUUCAAAAGUCUGCAGGAGGUCGUGCACCUGUUUGAGCUCGCUCAGACCUCCGUCUUCAAACUGAUGUCGAGUGAUUCCGUCCCCAAAUUCCUCCGCGACCCCAAGUAUUCGGUUGUUCUGCAGGAACACGAUGUCGACAUUUUCGGCGGUUCUCGAUCCUACUCUCCAACGCCCGGUGUUCCUGAACGGAGCAUGAGCCGGUCUGCUCGGUCAUCAUAG